UGUUCAACCUUAGACUACAGAUAUAUACCGUUUGGACAUUCGAGCAUUCAUCAUCUUGAGCAACAAGAAUAUUUGAAGCAUUUCUCUUGGCAGCAGAAAGUUGUAAAUCCAAACAUCCACAAACAUUUUUCUCCUGCUAUAACUCCUGAUUUCAUGUCAUCCCUGAGUGCCAAUGACCUCCACAAGAUUUUCACAAAACUGGAUAAAAAUGGCGAUGGGCUAAUGAGCAUUGAUCAAGUCAAGUGGCUAUUAGAGAGAAUUGGAUUCCACACUACCCUUGAGGAGCUGCAAAGACUGGUUGGACCAACAACAAGUCUUGAUUCAAUUGAUUUUUUCAUCUUCUAUGAUAUUGUUGUCAAGAGCAACAUUGGCAGAAGCAAUCAAACAAACAGCUUUGAUGGAGAUCUAGCUGAAGCUUUCAAGGUGUUUGACUUAAAUGGAGAUGGAUUCAUCUCUUGUGAGGAAUUGCAGAAGGUUUUGUCAAGAUUUGGACUGUGGGAUGAGCGUGAAGGCCGGGAUUGUAAGAGCAUGAUUAACAUUUUUGAUACAAACUCGGAUGGAUUGCUUGAUUUUGAGGAGUUCAGGACUAUGAUGGUUUCCAGUUCUUGAUGAUCAGAAAAUUAGUUAGUAAUUGUUUCUUCCUACCGCUAAAGAAAUCUUAUCAUUUCAUUCUAUGCAUGCGUACAUAAAUGAUUGUGAUUUUGAGAUGAAUCUCAUUGCAUUAAGAUUUAAUG